CCGUGGCUGGGGAGACGCGUUAGCGUCGUCAGGGCACACGGAGCUCAAUGGCACCAGUUUGCCGCCAGGACCCCAGACCAGGUCCUUGCGCUCCGCGGAGGAAUAGCGCAGCGUCUCGGCCUCCAUGGCGCGCAGCACCUCCCAAGAAGCCUCCUCCAAACUGUCCAACUUUCGCGGAAAAACUUUUAUGCUGGCAACAUAAUGUCAAGACUUGGUCCUUGGGGUUUAUUUUCCCGGAAGGCAACGGAAAGUUGGCGCGGUCAAGACGGGAAUUGGGAUGUCGGCCAGUAAUCUCGCCUCUUAAUGAUGCAAAGGUGGAAUGUAUUGUUCAGGAGACGCUGAAUGGAGGUGGGGCGCCACGUGGUUGUGCCCCACUGCUAGCAGCCGAACUUGAUGAAGUGCAGAGACACCAGGGACUACUCAGGGAGCUGCAAAGGCUGGCUGAUGACGAGCGGGACGAAGCGAGGGAGAGGUAUGAGUACAAUCUGGCUGAUGAGGAGAGCGACCUGCAGCUCAAGGAUGAGGAGAGAGACAAAACGACCGAGGAAGACGAGCCCAAGAAGAGGGAGAUGGAGGAGCCCAGGGUUGACGAUACGGGGAUUCAUGAUGAAGAAGAGCGAGCAAAGGAACUUGAGGAGCUUCUAGCUGAAGAAAUCAGCAAGAAGGAGAAGGAGGAGAGAAAUGAUGAGGAGCUGAAAGAGCUGCUGAGAGAGUUGAAGAAGAAGCGUUAUGAGAUGAAGGAAAGAGGGAGCCAGAAAGAUUCUGGAAGUGGUCCGAAGGAGGAAGAAACCAAGGAAAAAAUGGCGAGAGACAAAGAGGAAGUUCAGAAGCAGAAGGACCAGAGGAGGAACGAGGUGGAGCUGAGUGUGGAAAAAGAGAAGGUGGAGAAAGAACUGAAGGAGCUGAAGACUAAGAACAAGCCAGAAGAGGAGAAGGAGAGGAAGGAGAAGCAGGAGGAGCUGGACGAGCUGCUCAAGAAGAUGGAGCAAGUGCAGGAGGAGGCGCAGGCGGAGAAGAGUGAGGAUGAGGAUGAUGGCGUGCAGCAGCAGGAGGAAGUCAAGACGGGAGAUGAAGUUGAAGGGGCAGAGGAGCCUCGAGAGGCGGGCGAGAGGGAAGUGAAAAGAAAAGAGGAGGAGGGAGCGGUGGGGGUGAAGGAGCCGCAGCAGAAGAGAGUGAUGGAGAAAGCCAGCGAUGAAGCCACUCGGCAGUUUGAGCGGGAGAGACUAAAGGAGGAGGAGGAGGAGGACGAUGAAGACGGCGAGGAUGAGUAUGUCAGAGAAGAUGACGACGGGAGGGUGGAGGAUGGUGAUGAUGAUGAUGAAGGUGACUUGGACGACGAUCAAGGGGAGGAGCUGCUGGAGAUUGAAGCCCAGUUACGUGAAGUUGCUGCAGAGCUGAGGGAGCUGCGCAGAGGAUAAACUCACACAUUCACACCCGUAGACUGACAAAACGCAUUUUUGUUAAAGCAUUCAGAUCACCCAAGGUCUAUUUAUUUAUUUUUUUCCCCAAUUUCAAAUUGCAUUGGAAAAUGUUCACUCUCACAUUUCGAUAUGUGUCGCUUCUUAGCUGUUGAUUUUAUUCGAUGUACUUUGUGUGGCGCUCUAUAACCUGUACAGUAAUGGUAUGAUUGACAGGUGAAGUUACGAACUGCCACAGAAGCAACACAUGCGACACUUUUCAUUUACAUGCAAUUUCUGAUUAUAAGCUGCCGAGAACACACCUGUAAGUCAUGUGUCUAAUUCCCUAUAAGCAAUCAGUGUCAAUGUCUAUUCUGUGCAAUAAUCGAUAGCUAUGUGUACAAUGUUAUGACUGUUAUGUAUAACUGAUAUUUCUACCAGUAGAUAUGUCAUUUAUUCUUUAGUAAAUGAGGAAUGUGCUACAUUUGGCUCAUGCACUGUUAAAAUCAGACUGUUUUUUGGGACAUUCUACCAAAUCAAUGGCAUUUGCUUGUUGUGAUGAUCUCAUAAUAACCUGGAUUUCUGUUUUAGAUAAAGGGACUGUGGUGAGAUUUUAACCCCCAAGUGAGAGAAAAAUCAUGAAAUGAGUCCCAUGUCCUGCAGGGAAUCCCAAUAAUGCAACUUCCUUUGGAGCAUGUGAUUUAUGCAUUGGGAUAUUCCACAUUGUUUAUGCUAGUGUAACAGGACUGAGUGGAAACCCAGGUACACUACUAAUGUGCCACCUUUCUGUGGGUUUUAAAUGAUUAUAUUGAAUGUUAAAGUCUAGUUUUAGGUAGCGGGGACAAGAAACAAAUAGUUUGGAUGAGUCUUUCCAAUUCUAAUGACUAAAUAUGCAAUCAUAUCCACAUGCAGGACACGUUGCUUACUAAAGACAAAUAUUUGAC